AUGCCUGUCGAGGUUAGAAAAGUACUCAUCCCGUCUUUCGGCGGACCUCAGAAAAUACAGAUUGUGAACUCAACAUUACCGGACCCGGCACCAAAUCAUGUUCAGGUCAAGGUCCUCUAUAGCGGCUUCUCUGGAGCCGAUAUCAACAUGAGAAUCGGAGUGUAUCCAUUGCAAAGGAAGGCUCCUCUGACUCCGGGAUAUUGCUUCGUCGGAACGGUCCACGCAUUGGGACCACAGAGCACCAGAUUCGCUGUGGGGGAUCUAGUGGCAUGCUUGUCUAUCUAUGAUGCCGAAGCAACUUACUCGAAUCAAUUAGAAAAGCACCUCAUCCCGGUGCCUAAAGGACUAGAUCCGAAGAUCGCCACGACGCUGAUCCUGGAUUGGAACACGGCGUAUGGUAUGCUCAAGGGCACUGAUUGGAAGGGAAAGAAGGUGUUUGUUCACGGCAUGAGCGGCGCAGUCGGCUAUGCACUGAUGACGCUGUGUCUUCUAGAAGGCGCUCAAGUAUAUGGAACAGCCUCGGCCCGCAAUCACCAAACCAUUCGAGAUCUAGGAGCCACUCCCUUUGUCUACACUGACAAGUUGUGGAUAACUUAUAUGAAACAAAUUGGUGGUGCCCAGGGCGUCUUUGAUGCACUCGGGUUUGAAAGCUGGGAUGAAUCCUACGAUAUCUUGAGUCCCAGUGGCGGUACUUUAUACGGUUACGGAGGCAACCUGGGGACAUUGAAGGGAGAAAAACCGAGGUCUGUCAUCUGGCCAACCCUGAAGCUGUUGGGUCGCAAUUUGAUGUUUUGGUCUCGAAAAUCGACCAAGUUUUGGUGGAUCGACAGAGACUGGUCUUUGUUCUUGCCGAAUACCCAGGAAGUCUUUGCACUCGCCUUACAGGAUAAGCUAAAGAUUUCGAUUAAGAGAGUAUUUGAACUCGACGACGUGGCCACGGCUCACCGAGAAUGGACGAGUCUCACCGGAAUGGGAUCUGUCCUGGUGCAUGUUUCAUAG